AUGGCUCAGGAGGCCAGCAGUGACGCCAGGGGCUUCUCUCCCAGACCAGGGCCCUGGCAGUCACACCUAAGUAACGGGUCUGUGUCCCCUGCAGAGGCCAACGCCACUGGGAACAUCACACAGACCCCAUUAGGAGAUGACAAGUCCUCUUUCAAUUACGUGAUCAUUGUUGUCGCUGUGGUUCUGUUGAUUGAUCUCUUUGGGUUGGUGGGGAACGGGACGGUCAUCUGGCUGCUGGGUUUCCGGGUGAAGAGGAACCUCUUCUCGGUCUACAUCCUCAAUCUGGCCAUCGCGGACUUCCUCUUCCUCUUAUGCACGGUAGUCAUGGCCAUCUGUUAUAUUAACGGGUCUCACUAUUUUCCUCAUAUCAUCGUGUCUUUCCUGUUCAUGUCCUACCUGGCGGGGCUGACUCUGCUCAUGGCCAUCAGCACGGAGCGCUGCAUCUCCGCGCUCUUCCCGAUCUGGUACCGAUGCCACCGCCCCGCCCACCUCUCGGCCAUCGUGUGCGCUGUGCUUUGGGGACUGUCCCUCUGUCUGGGAGUAGUGCACUUUGUGUGCAUCUAUUAUCAUCUUGGACUGUAUGACAUAGUAAUUCUCAUCUACAAUGUGACGGCCUUCCUGACCCUGCUGGUGCUGUGUGUGUCCAGCCUGACCCUGCUCCUCCGCGUCCACUGCGGCUCCUGGCGGAGACAGACCACGAAGCUCUACAGGGUCAUCCUGCUCACCGUGCUGGCCUUCCUGGUGCUCGGGCUGCCCCUCAAUGUCGGCUUGUUCAUCUACCUCUUCUUUCCCUCACUGUUCAAUUUCCUCCGCUAUGAGCCCAUCUUCUACGUCCCUUCCGUCCUGAACAGCGCGGUCAACCCCGUCAUCUACUUCUUUGUGGGGAGGCCGAGGCAUCAGCAGGGCCCGAUGUCUCUCCGGGACGUGCUCCAGAGCGCGCUGACGGAGGACGCGUAG